UAUAUAUGGGAGCCAAAUUCCUAAUCAUUCUUUCCUUAAGUCCUCAUAUAUGACUCCCAAAUUCUUGAAUUAUUCAUAAACUUUCUACUAUAUUAUAUUAAUCACAAUGGAUUUCUUGAAUUCCCAAUUAACACGAAAAAAUCAUCUAAAAUGUCACAAGAAAAGGCUCAACCAAGAUCAAGUGAGGCUCUUGGAGAUCAGCUUCUGCUCCAAUAAUAAGCUUGAUUCUGAUAGAAAAUCCCAACUUGCCCAGGAACUAGGAUUGCCUCCCAGACAAGUUGCAAUAUGGUAUCAGAACAAGCGAGCGCGAUGGAAAAGCCAAAGCCUUGAGGUUGACUACAACUCCUUGCAAAAAAGACUAGAUAGUGCGCUUGAUGAUAAUGAGAAGUUGAAAUUGGAAGUUGAGAGGCUUAGAAAGGAGCUAAACAAAACUCAAGAAAUGUUGUUGGGAUUCAGCACCACGACUAAUUAUUCAUCAAUUUCAAGCUCUUGUGAUGAAGUUGGGAGUACUUCAUGUUUGCAACUUCAUGAUCAUCAAUCCAAGCAUAAUCAUCUUGAUAAGGAGCUUUAUGCUUGUUUAAUUGGUGAGGAAGGCCAAUUUGGGACACACAAUGGGCAUAAUUUCUUUGCAUCAUCUUUGUCUUGACCAUUUAUUGUCAUCAAGCUACAUAUGUAUAUGGUAACUAAUUAAUUAAGUCCAAAUAUGAAGGAUGUUUAUGUGAUAUACAUGUAGUUGUGUUUUC